AUGUUCGUCCUCAGACAAAGCACUCACUGUUUGGUCUACCUAGCAAGGUGCUGCCUCCUGUGUCUUCGUGAACUCCUAGAUCCCUGGGACCUUUCGAUGGUGGGGGCUUGGACCUGGCUUGAGGAUUCAGGGGUGUGGAGGAGGCCUCUAGCAAGAACUUUCCUGGUCCAGACCUCUUUGACUUAGAUGCUGGGGGCUGGCUGGGGGUACGUUUGGACUGCACCCCUAUCUGUGGACCUUGGCUUCUGGUCUUCAGGUAAAAUGGAACCCAUGUGGAUUAACUACCGUCUUUGCUCCCUGUGGAGGUGUCCGUCCCACUCUCCUCUCUGUAGAACUUCUCCUGUUGAACCUGAACUUUAUUUGUGGUAAAUCUCUUGCUGCUAAUGCCUCACUUCAGACCACCUUGUCUAAUUCUUGCUUUUCAAAAUACUUUGGACUUUGAUCUCCUUUCUUCCUUUCUCCUUUUUUGCAAGCUUUACACCAGGAGGCCAACCACUCUCCAUGGCUCAAGUAUUCCCAGUCUCUGCACCUGAACCAACAGCAGACAUUGCCAAUGGACACCAUAUUCCUUUUUUCUAUACUCUGAUUCAGCCUUAGAAUUGUUCUCAAUCCAGCCCAGCAAGUAAUCACAAUUCAGCAGAGCUGGCAUACAAUGUGAAAGCUGUUUUCUAUUCCUUACCACUAAUAACUCAAAUACACUCCUACAUAAUUCUUCAUUUUUAACGUUUUCCAUUUUUUUACUAUUUAACUCUCCCAGUUUUCCUAUCAUCCCUAGCUCCCAUUCAUUGUUGGUAACUGGGUAGUAAUUCUAUAACUGGGAACUUUAGUCCUCAAGCUAAUGUGAAGUCUUCAGCUGAUGCUGGUUUGAGACUGGAUCUGUAACCCCUCCAGAAGGCCUUUAAGCACUAUGACCCAGGCAAGUGCUCGAAUUAUCCUUUCUCUGGCCUCAGAUGUCAGAAGGUGAGGCCACUGACAGGAAAGGGAGGAGCUCCCCUUAGGCAGCUGUCUCCAUGACUCUGACUCUGAGGAAGGGCAGAAGGUGACAUCAUUUAACCCACGAAUAAAAGGAAGAGACAAACUGGUAUAAUGGAGGGAAAAAAAAAAAAAACAAAAACCCUUGGGUUUAAGUUCUGACUCUGCCCUUAGGAGUUGAGGUGACUUUGGGCAAGUCACUUAGUCCCUCAGGUUGCCACAGCUCUGAAAUGAGCAGAGUGAUAGUUAUAACAUCAGUAUCAUGGGUUUUUUGUUUUUGUGUUUUUUUUUUUUCCUUUGAGCAUCAAAUGAUGUAAUAGUUCAAAAUAGUAAUAUUUUGAAGCAUUUUAUAAAUGCCGGGCUUUAUAUGUUCACCCAUUAGGUGAGCGAACAUUUGCAGAGUGUUCUCCUGCCAGAGGCCCUGGCGCCUGUGUCCAGCCCUGUGCUGCCCAGCUCCGUUCUGGGAGCAGCCUUCAGAAGAAUGAGUCCGGGGAGUGGAAAAGCUUCCAUUCCUAGCCAGAGCCAAGAGACAGGGCUGGCUCAUUGGGAAGGGAGAACUACCCAUUACCUGUGAAUUUCUCAGCAAUAUGUAUACACUUGAGCUCCAACCCAGAUUCCUACCUCCUGGCUGCAUUGGAGGGUGGCCGUGGUGUCACCACGUUGCAUGUUGUCCCUGUAGCCACAGGGACAUUUAUGCUCCUGAUGGCGCACCGCCCCACCCCCAGCCCCCGCUCCCCGCUCAUUCUUCUAACCAGGUAGUUGUUGGCUGGUGCUGGCAGGCGAGGCUGCCCCUGGCCCUCAGCACGGGGUCCCCACAAGCAGAAGCCAUGUUUCUUUCUGUUUGUUUUUUGCUCCCCCACCUUUGGUUCCUAUCAGACACUUACUGGAGGUCUUCUAGGCUCCGACCCUGAACCAGAACAAGCCAUAAAGGACCACUGUGGACAUGUCUUUACUAAAAUAUUUCUAGCUUUCUUUAUCCGUAUUUGAGUCAGGUUCUCCAGAGAAGCAGAACCGCUUAUACAUACAAGUACACCGUGGAGAAGUUGUGAGUUUGCUUCCAGACGACUUACAGUAAAACCUCCAGGACUUCAAGUUGGACGUGCAGCACGUGAUUGAAGUAGAUGAGGGGAACACAGCAGUCAUUGCCUGCCACCUUCCUGAGAGCCACCCAAAAGCCCAGGUCCGAUACAGUGUCAAGCAAGAGUGGCUAGAGGCAUCUAGAGAUAACUACCUGAUCAUGCCGUCGGGAAACCUCCAGAUUGUGAACGCGAGCCAGGAGGAUGAGGGGACGUACAAGUGUGCGGCCUACAACCCAGUGACCCAGGAAGUGAAAACCUCGGGCUCCAGUGACCGGCUGCGCGUGCGCCGUUCCACUGCCGAGGCUGCUCGCAUCAUCUACCCGCCAGAGGCCCAGACCAUCAUCGUCACCAAGGGCCAGAGUCUGAUCCUGGAGUGUGUGGCCAGUGGGAUCCCACCCCCACGGGUCACCUGGGCCAAGGAUGGGUCCAGUGUCGCCGGCUACAACAAGACACGCUUCCUGCUGAGCAACCUCCUCAUCGACGCCACCAGUGAGGAGGACUCAGGGACUUACCGCUGCAUGGCCGACAACGGGGUUGGGGAGCCUGGUGCAGCAGUCAUCCUUUAUAACGUCCAAGUAUUUGAACCCCCUGAGGUCACCAUGGAGCUGUCCCAGCUGGUCAUCCCAUGGGGCCAGAGUGCCAAGCUCACCUGUGAGGUGCGUGGGAAGCCCCCGCCCUCUGUGCUAUGGCUGAGGAAUGCCGUGCCCCUCGCCUCUAGCCCGCGCCUCCGACUGUCUCGCGGGGCCCUGCGGGUGGUCAGCGUAGGGCCUGAGGACGAAGGCGUCUACCAGUGCAUGGCUGAGAACGAAGUUGGGAGCGCCCAUGCCGUGGUCCAGCUGAGGACCUCCAGGCCAGGUACAACCCUGAGGCCAUGGCAGGACGCUAAGCUGGACACUGCCACCCCUUCCAUGCUGCCUUCCAGACCUGGAAGCCCUGACCAGAUGCUAAGGGGGAGCCCAGGGCUCCCAAAGCCCCUGACAUCAGUGCAGCCACCUUCCCCACAGUGCCCCGGAGAGAAGGGGCAGGUGGCUCCUGCCGAGGCGCCCAUCAUCCUCAGCUCACCCCGGACCUCCAAGACGGACUCCUAUGAGCUGGUGUGGCGGCCUCGGCACGAGGGUGGCGGCCAGGCGCCAAUCCUCUACUACGUGGUGAAACACCGCAAGCAGGUCACAAACUCCUCUGACAAUUGGACCGUCUCCAGCAUUGCAGCCAGCCAGCACCGCCUGACCCUCACCAGACUCGACCCUGGGAGUUUGUAUGAAGUGGAGAUGGCAGCUUACAACUGUGGAGGCGAAGGCCAGACAGCCAUGGUCACCUUCCGAACUGGACGGCGGCCCAAACCUGACGUCAUGGCCAGCAAGGAGCAGCAGAUCCAGAGAGACGACCCCGGAGCCAGCCCCCAGAGCAGCAGUCAGCCAGACCACGGCCGCCUCUCUCCCCCUGAAGCUCCAGACAGACCCACUAUCUCCAUGGCCUCUGAGACGUCAGUGUAUGUGACCUGGAUUCCCCGUGGGAAUGGUGGCUUCCCAAUCCAGUCCUUCCGUGUGGAGUACAAGAAGCUAAAGAAAGUGGGGGACUGGAUUCUGGCCACCAGUGCCAUCCCUCCUUCCCGGCUCUCAGUGGAGAUCACUGGCCUAGAGAAAGGCACCUCCUACAAGUUCCGUGUCAGGGCUCUGAACAUGCUGGGGGAGAGUGAGCCCAGCGCCCCCUCCCGGCCGUAUGUGGUGUCGAGCUAUAGUGGCCGUGUGUACGAGAGGCCUGUGGCAGGCCCUUACAUCACCUUCACUGAUGCUGUCAACGAGACCACCAUCAUGCUCAAGUGGAUGUAUAUUCCAGCAAGUAACAACAACACCCCAAUCCAUGGCUUUUAUAUCUAUUAUCGACCCACAGACAGUGACAAUGAUAGUGACUACAAGAAGGAUAUGGUGGAAGGGGAUCGAUACUGGCAUUCCAUCAGCCACCUGCAGCCAGAGACCUCCUACGACAUUAAGAUGCAGUGCUUCAAUGAGGGUGGGGAGAGUGAGUUCAGCAACGUGAUGAUCUGCGAAACCAAAGCCCGGAAGUCUUCUGGUCAGCCCGGUCGGCUCCCACCCCCAACUCUGGCCCCACCUCAGCUGCCACCCCCGGAAACCGCAGAGCGGCCUGUGGGCACCGGGGCCAUGGUGGCACGCUCCAGCGACCUGCCCUACCUGAUUGUUGGGGUCGUCCUAGGCUCCAUCGUCCUCAUCAUUGUCGCCUUCAUCCCCUUCUGUUUGUGGAGGGCCUGGUCUAAGCAAAAACAUACCACAGACCUGGGUUUUCCUCGAAGUGCCCUUCUGUCCUCCUCCUGCCAGUACACUAUGGUACCACUGGGGGGACUCCCAGGCCACCAGGCCAAUGGGCAGCCCUACCUCAGUGGUACCAGCAGCCGGGCCUGUGCCAAUGGGAUCCACGGGAACAGGGGCUGCCCUUGCCCUGCAGCUGCCCUGGGCUACCCAGGCGUGAAAGCUCAGCAGCACUGCCCAGGGGUGCUUCAGCAGCAGGAAGGCACCAGCGGCCCGCUAACGCAGGCCACUCUUGGCACCGGAUAUGACCGCCCCCGUCCCCAGCUUCCCAGCUGUAACGCCCUUCCUGCUUUGCGGCAUGGGUUGGCCUGUCAGGGUCCUGCCCUCGCUCGGCAGGCCAGAGCAGCCACAGACAACGGGCGCGGUCCACAGGCCCCUCGGCACCUGACUGCACGUCCUUUCACGCACCCAGACCUCUCACAGACAAAAACGGAAAUAGACCAGCCUUACCCACGGAAGCGGUGGGGUCCCAAGUCUAGCCCAGACGAGGGCUCUUUCUUAUAUACGCGGCCUGAUGACUCAACUCACCUGCUGCUCCAGCCCCACCAAGACUGCCGCCGCCUCCAGGAGCAGCCCGCCGCCACAGGCCAGUCAGGCGCGAGGGACGUACCCCAGAGCCCUGGGCUGGAAGCCGCCUGGGACCCUCUUUUUCACCGAGGGCCGCUGUGCUGCUUGGGCCUUGUACCGGUUGAAGAGGUGGACAGGCCUAACUCCUGCCAAGUGGGUGGAGGAGACUGGGGUUCCCAGCACCCCGCAGGGGCCUACCUAGGGCGGGAACUUGGGAUGCAGCGCUCCCCCAGCUCACCAGUGCACGUAGCUUUUGAAACACCACCUCCUACAAUUUAGGCCGAAACCAAUACCCCAGAAAGACUCUAUAUUGUUUUUAAAAAGAGAAAAUUGGUAUUUAUUUUUCUAUAAUAGCCAUAUUUAUGUAUUUAUGCACUUGUAAAUAAAUGUAUAUGUGUUUUUAUAAUUCUGGAGAGACACAGAGAAUCCUACCCAUCGAGGUUUGAGGGGGAAAUCAAAGAAGCCCCCGUAACAGGAUUCCACCUGGCAAGAGUAACACAGACGGAGGCGGCAGCCCUUCACUGAGCGCCUCUGCCACCACCCAGGAGGCCGCACAAGGCCCCCAGAGAAGCUGCUGAGAGGACGAAUCUUAGGCACACUGUCCAUGACCAAUGAUGAGGGAAAAGCAAGGGCCCCGUCACAGGCUGGAGACACUCGUGAAGACGGCUGGACCGGGUACUACAGGAGACGUUUUCAGAAGAUGCUCAUGAGAAUAGACUAAGAUGUGUAUAGUCCUAUACGUAUUAACAAACCUUCCAGAAUCAAUAAUCUGUGGCAACCUAUCUCUGUAAAAACAAACACUGUAACUUCUAAAUAAAUGUUUAGUCUUCCCUGUAACCUUCAACUUAGUCACAUAUGAGUCAGCAUCCUCUUUAGAUGUUAGGAUUCAGUUUGAGUAUUUGAAGAAAAUCUCCACUUGUGGACAUUUCAACUCUGUCAAGAGUCUGAGAGCUGGGAAAGGUAGCAGAUGUCUAAUUCUUUGUCUUUUUAAGUAUUGUGUUAGUAACUGUUUAGUCCAAGAGGGAGACAGUGUGAAGUAGUUAAGCAGAUUCACAGCUCUCUUACUGAAUGGACUCGAGGUAAAGCUUUGGUCACAGAGAUACGUGUGGAAGACUGAAGUAUAUUCUCCAGAAUGCCGUUUAGUUAAACGCUAGGCUGCAUGUGCAUGUGCGGUGCCUGGUAAAACUCACUUUUCUUUCCAAAGAUAGACCAACAUUGCCAGAGGAGUUGACCCACUAGUCAUCUAAAAUCAACAUUUACUUACUUCCAUACAACCACAGGAUCAACCUUUAUACCUGCAACUGGCACUAGCUGGAGGCUGAAGCUUUGCACUGAAAGCCCUAACACUCAGCCGUUCUCAGGAGGGAAACUGUGUGCUAGAUUUCAGCAAAGGUGAGUUACAGAUGCAAUGCAGCCUGAGACUCUCAAUCUGGUUACGAGUCCUGGGGCCAGACGCACUCCACCCUAGUCACCCGUGGGAGAAACCAGAUUCUCGGACAAGUGCACCCUCUACUGGCCAGAAGAGAUACCAGGCCUGCGCUUACCUUUGUCGCAUGCUUUUUCUGUCCGACAGCUAAACUGGGAAAAGCGUUCUCAUCGAGAUGCAACAUGAUCUUUAGAAAAGUUGUAUUUAAAAAAUACUUAAGAAAUAAAAUGAAGGACUGUAAGGAACAUGGAAAUGAUAGAAGAAAUAAGAUGUAACUUCAGCUAUGACCCUGCACUGUGGGCCUAAAAGUCACUUCCAGGAGUGGGACAGGGCCAAUACUUUCAGUCCUUACUCAGCUGAGCCAGGGUCUCUCAGAGCUGGGCUGUAACUCACCUCCUAGCCCACUGGCUUUAAAUUUUAUUUUACUUAUUUUUUUGCUCCUUGAUGAUCCCACGUAGUUGUCGAAAUGAAUUUUGGUGAACUUUAUGGAAGUGAUACAUAAAAUUGCUUUUUGCACAGCCCUGGAACCAUAACAAUAUUGAAUGGUUUUUGCUCUCAAAAAAAAAAAAAAAAUUGUAGGACAGAAAAAUCACUUCUAAGGCACAUUAAAUGAGAUGAAUAUGUGUAUUUACCUUAGCCAAUAGCAGGAAAAGAGGAAAGGCAUCAGGCCUCUAAAUUUUAGCCUAGAAAAUAAAAUGGCUUAGAUAUUCGAUUUCAUUGUAUUUUAUAUUUCUUUAGAUUCAGAUUAUUAUAGUGCCUUUUAAAAGUCUGAUUCAGUCAGCAAAGGCUAUAUAAUUUACCAAUGGAAGAGUAGGACCUAGGGCAGGUGCUGGUGGGGGUGCAGAGCCCAGCUCAGGCCCACAGCUCACCCCCCGCCCCAGGCAUGGCAGUCCUCCAUGACAGGACAGCCGGCCUUGGCAACAGUGACUAACUGUGACACAGGGCUUCACUCGACAGCUACUUUUUCUUCCAGUGUUGGGUUUUGAGUGUACUGUGGACAAGGGUUCAAAAUAGCCGAGUUACGCUGGCAGUUUACCCAGAGGUAACUCCGUGUGGACAGAUUUUGGCCUCACUCUGAGAGGUGAGGCAGCUUUCUCCACAACACAGCCAGAGGCAGAGAACAGUCUGAUCAGGAGAGCAGGAGUGAAUGAAAAGUUAUCCCCCACCAAAGCUGAACCCUGGUGGUCUCCUUCUGUCCAAAACUGAACUUCCCAAAGACUCUGAUACUAUACUUAAGUACGGAUUUAAGGCUAAGUCUGGAAUCACGUAGAAAUGUAACUAAAGCUAGCUAUAGGUCUUGUUCAAAAUAAAUUCAAAAUAAACAA